UCCUCCACUGGGACGAGCUCCGGCAAAGCUCCGACUUGUGUCGGUGUUGCUCCGGCGCAGAUUCGACUCGUGUCGGUGGUUCGGUCGUGCUUCGCUGUUUCGAGCCUUCUUCGGUGUUUCGAUCUUGCAUCUGGUUCGAUCGUGCAUCGUGUUUUGCCUGCUUGUGUUUUGGCAGAAUGAGUUGUAAAUCCGAAAGCAGUUCGAAAUACAGUGGGAGUUCUAAUAACCAUAGAGCUGAAGCUAUACCGGCGAAGGGAUUCCCCCAAAAAUGCGAAUGUGGAAGUCGUAUCGUGAGAUUUACUUCAAAAAUAGACAACAAUCCCGGAAGAGUAUUUUUUCGAUGUGCUAAUCAAGAGGGUAGCAAAAAGCAUGUUUUCAAAUGGUUUGAUGAAGCUACGAUGGAAGAAAUCGAGAAAUUGAAAGAUGGCUUUGAGUCAGUACAAAGAGUAAUGGAGAAAUUGGUAUGCAAUGGUGAAGAGGAAAAAAUCGAAGCAUUGACACAUGAGUUGGAAAUUUACAAAGCAAAAGUGGAAAAAAUCGAAGUCUUGGCUAAGGAGUUGGAAUUCUACAAAGCUAAGGUGGCACAAAUUGAAGCGGAUAAAUACAAAUUUGUGUUUGUCUUAGUAGGAAUUGUUAUGUUUUUAUACUACUAUGGUUUACCUCGACUUUAA